UAUAAAAGAAGAAAAAAUAAACAAGAAGAAGAAGACAACGAUAAUGGCGGCGGUUAGCCGAGGGUUUGCUGCCCUGUGGAGGACAAACAGUGUGCGAGUACCGUUACACCCUCUCCUGUCCCUCUGUGCCGCUCGAACACAAAGCUCUGUAAGCGGCGACCUGCUGCCCCGGACCUCCCUGUCCAGCCCUCCGUGGUCGGAGCAAACUAGCUUCGUGUCAGCGGAGGAGGAGCGGAGCCGACACGCCGCCGUGGUGAGCACCGUGAACGACCGGAUCGAGAGGCAGGACUUCGGCCGACUGUUUGCCGUGGUGCACUUCGCAGCUCGCCAGUGGAAGGUCACCAACGAGGACUUGAUCCUGGUGGAGAACCACAUCGAAGCGGAGUGCGGAGACCGGAUCUACUUGGAGAAAGUGCUGCUGGUCGGGGCGGAGGACUUCACUCUGGUCGGUAGGCCUCUGCUCGGGAAGGAGCUGGUCAGGGUCAAAGCCACCGUGAUUGAAAAGACCGAAUCCUGUCCCAAAAUGCACAUGGUGUUCUGGAAAAGACACCGGUUCCAGAAGAAGAGGACCAUCGUGCAGCCGCAGACUGUCCUGAGAAUCAACAGUAUCGAGCUGCACCCGCGGCUGUCUUGAUUCAGACUGUUGACUUAUGAGGGAAUCUGGUUUCGGACGUGCUGUAUCUCAGAGACAGUUCAGUUAAAACUUCAUCAAUGCAGAAAAUGUAUAAAAUAUUAAAAAGUUGUACUUUCAGAAAACUG